AUGAAUAAAGACUCAUCCUUCACGUUCGUUCACAUGCACCGCCCCCGCGACGCAGACCUCUUCGAGGACUUCUGCAAGGACAAGCUCCCCGAUGACGAGAUCUACGUUCCACCUGUCCACCAGCCCAUCAACCCGGAAGACGAAGACGAUGUUGUCCCGGACCAACAUGCCGCUUUUGGAAUUCAGCGCGCUACGCAAAAGUCAAAGGAACCUGCCUGGAAGGACCUGGGUCUUUCGGAGCUCAUGAACAAGGGUCCUAGUAUUGGAACUGGUGGAAAGCCGAAGGGCUCUGGAAGUGCUAUGCCGCGAUGA